AUAGGACGAGGGGGAAGGGGAAUAUGGAAGAAGCAGAAGGCAAACCGAGCAAGUCAGAGGAUCACCCCGCCUCCCCGGCUCCGAGAUCUCCGCCUAUAAAAGCCGCCCCACCCCCCACUCGCUCACCAGCUGCUCUCCACCAAGAGCUGCUGCUACCACCAAACCGUCGCUGGAUUCGUCCAGAGCUUUGCCCGUUUCGGCGACCCCAGAUCCGAUCCACGGCGCCGCGUCUCCGCCGAGAUGGCGAUCACGGUGAGGCGGUCGACGAUGGUGCGCCCGGCGCGGGAGACGCCGCGGCAGCGGCUGUGGAAUUCCAACCUCGACCUCGUCGUGCCGCGCUUCCACACGCCCAGCGUCUACUUCUACCGCCGCGGCGGCGGCCCCGAGGCGGAGGGAUUCUUCGACGGCGAGCGGAUGCGGCGCGCGCUGGCGGAGGCGCUCGUGCCGUUCUACCCGAUGGCGGGGCGACUCGCGCGGGACGAGGACGGGAGGGUCGAGAUCGACUGCAACGGCGAAGGGGUGCUUUUCGUCGAGGCUGACGCGCCCAACGCCGCCAUCGACGACUACGGCGACUUCGCCCCUACCAUGGAGCUCAAGCGCCUCAUCCCGGCGGUCGAUUACACCGACGACAUCUCGGCCUUCCCGCUCCUCGUGCUCCAGGUGACUUACUUCAAAUGUGGAGGCGUCUCCCUUGGUGUCGGUAUGCAACACCACGUAGCAGAUGGCAUGUCUGGCUUGCACUUCAUUAACUCAUGGUCUGACCUCUGCCGUGGAGCUCAAAUUUCUGUCAUGCCCUUCAUUGACCGCACUCUCCUUCGCGCCCGUGAUCCACCAACUCCAUCUUUCCAACAUAUCGAGUACCAGCCUGCCCCAGCUAUGUUGUCCUCCACACCUCAGUCCCUCACUUCCAUAUCAAAGCCACCUGCCACCGCCGUAGACAUUUUCAAGCUCACUCGCUCAGACCUUGGUCGGCUGCGCUCACAGCUUCCCACAGGUGAAGGUGCACCCCGGUUCAACACGUAUGCAGUGCUAGCUGCGCAUGUCUGGAAAUGUGUCUCCCUUGCACGUGGCCUGACUCCUGAACAGCCCACCAAAUUGUACUGUGCCACCGACGGGCGCCAACGGCUACAGCCCCCACUUCCAGAUGGUUACUUCGGAAAUGUCAUCUUCACCGCCACACCACUUGCCGAGGCAGGCAAGGUGACCAGUGGGCUGGCAGAAGGAGCAGCAGUCAUCCAAGGAGCACUAGAUAGGAUGGACAACGACUACUGCCGCUCAGCGCUGGACUACCUGGAGCUGCAGCCAGAUUUGUCAGCACUGGUGCGUGGAGCACACACCUUCCGGUGCCCGAACCUAGGACUCACCAGCUGGGUGCGCCUGCCGAUUCAUGAUGCCAACUUCGGUUGGGGCCGGCCUGUGUUCAUGGGGCCAGGCGGCAUUGCAUAUGAGGGUCUGGCGUUCGUCCUCCCUAGUGCCAAUGGAGAUGGUAGCCUGUCCAUCGCCAUCUCGUUGCAGGCUGAGCACAUGGUGAAGUUCCGAAAGCUAAUCUAUGAGUUAUAAAUGGGAUGCAUUAUACCUUUUGAAGGAGGAUGUAAUAGGGCUAGAGGCUAAAGGCUGUAUCCAGUUCUCAUAUAAAAUGCCUGAAGUUUCAAGUGAACCAAGUUGCUGCGCUUUCACCCUUCAAGAUCAGUGUUCUUUUUUACCCUCGGCUGGGGAUGUUUUGGGUAACUUCUACUUGUAUGGACUAAUAUCAAUAAUAGAGAAAGGUUAGACAUUUUUCUAAAGGGACAUGGUGAAAUCAUUGUAACCAAGUGAACACACUCAUAUACCAGAGUACCAGAUUAUAGAUGGGGUUUAAUUGAAGUAUUGAACAUGAGCGUCAGUGGAAACGCCUCACAAUCUUCUGUUUUACGCUUAA